CCCGAUUGAGCAUGCAUGGGAUAUGCUACAGAGAAGAGCUCUGCCGAAUAUGGAGGGUAUCCAGUCGCAAGAAGACCUUUUUUUGUUGUUGCAACGAACAUGGGCGGCCAUUCCACAGCGUGAUUUGGAUGAACUCAUUUUGAGUAUGCCAAACCGAUGUUCUUGUGUUGUUAGUGUUCGCGGUAGAAAUACGGAUUAUUAAUUGUUUAAGUUACCCAAUAAAAUUUUAGAGAAAACUGUUAUUUCAGUCUUUUUUUCGAACUUUUGUGUUAGUGGUUCAAAUGUCAAAAAUCCCUUUAUUAGGAAAAUGGCAAAUUUCUUUAUUAAUGCAAAGGUGACUUGGUUUAUCGUUACUGUGACAAACGAAAACACUUUAUUUGAUGAAUCCUUAAAGAAAAUUUUAAUUAAUAUCAAUCAGGAGAAAAGUUAUUGCAAAAAUAUAUGUUGAUCCCUAGACACUUUUGAUGUGUGUAUAUAACCCGUAAAAACUGUUUUAUUUAUAUUCUAUUUAAUUGUUAUCGUUAAGUUCGUAAUAUUGCUAUAGGUACUAUUUAAAAAAUAUAUAUAUAUAUGUUACGCUGAAAGCUCGAAAACGCUCAGUGAGCGGAAAAAUAGCUCAAAACGCGUUGUGGUCACAGUAAAACAUCCACAUAGCGAAAUUCGUGUUAUGGCUCUAAUGAAAACGCGCACGACGCGUUGUGGCAAUCACAGAAAGACCAAAUAGCGAAAUUCUUGUCGUGGCUGACAUGCUAUUCCAUCUCAACGCGUUGUGACAAUGAAGAAAAGCCAUGACGCGUUCUGAGCAUUCAUUGUUUUAACCAUAUCACGACGGACAGGUUGUAAUUUGAUAGAGGAAGUGCAGCACCCAGGAAUGUUAUGUGUGUUGUUAUGAGCAUUAAUCCAUCAGGUCUCUACUGGUUAGGAAACAAGGAAGGUACAUUCGAUAGACUUUAUGCACGUACGACGAGUGUAGACUUUCUGAAACUAACUUAAUUAACAUUUGUGAUGUGCCCUAAACUUCGUCAUUAACACUUCGCUCAGCAUCUAUGUUAUCAUCUGGAAGUAAGCAAAGCAAUGUGCCACUGCAAAAGAUACUGUAUUGAUAAAGAGUGCAAGUGUCGCUCCAAGAAUAUAAAAUGCAACUCAAAAUGCCACAGUAAUAGUUCCUGUAAAAAUAAAUAGCAAUCAAAUACUUAUUUUUCACAAUUAUAGUAAUUUCUAAUAUAAGUAAUUGAUUCAAGUACAUUGUUGUUGUUUAUUGGUGAUCAAUAAACAUUUAUGUUUGUGUUAAAUAUUUUUAUUACUUGGAAGAAUUUUAAAUUGUCAUAAAAAAUCCUAAUUAUUAUAAGUACUUAAUUUACAAAUUAUUAAUAUUUUAUGUUCAGUAAUUUAUUACUUAAUACGUUGAUUUUUUUAAAUAUAAAGUAAUGUCAAUACAUAACAAAUAUCGUUUUACAUUAAUUUAUAUAAUUAUAUAUCAUAUUUAAUAAUGACAGACAUGUUAUGCACUGAUUUUAUAAAAUAAAAAAUAUUUCCUAGACAUCUACCAAAACGUUUCCAGCCUAGGCCUAGUAGGAUCCAUAUCGGAAAGUAGUGUGCGUCGUAAUCAAAUAAUAUUCCAUACGCGUCAUGGCAUUUCAUUCAUUGAGAUGGAAUAGCAUGUCAGCCACGACACGAAUUUCGCUAUUUGGUCUUUCUGUGAUUGCCGAACGCGUCGUGCGCGUUUUCAUUAGAACCAUAACACGAAUUUCGCUAUGUGGAUGUUUUACUGUGACCACAACGCGUUGUGAGCUAUUUUUCCGCUCACUGAGCAUUUUCGAUCUUUGAGCGUAACAUAUACAUAUAUAUUUUUUUUUAAUUUUAGUUUUUGUUACUUAAGUAUUAUUGGCCUGCAGACAAUUGGAAUAUCCUACAAUUAAACUUAAGUUAUUGUAAAGUAGGAUUACUAUGCUUUCGGAUUUUUGCCUUUUCAGGCGGACUUUAGGUGAAAAUUAUUGGUUUUGAGUAUUAGAGAGACCUUUUUGCCUAAGAUGAGAUUUUUUUAAUUCUAUCUUUAUGCAAUGACAUAUUUGAAACAUUGAGCACAGGUACGUGAAUAUAAGCACUUAUUUACUCCUUUUUUGAGUUAUUAUAGAUUUUUAGUAUUUAUUACAUUGGAUACCUAAGGCAUAGGUAAGUAAGUAUAUAAUUUGUCAAUUUUUUAAAAGAGAUUAUUUUAAUAACAGAGCAUAGGGCAGGCAUGGUAGAAAUAUUACACUAGCAACCAACAAUUCCAAAAUGCACACCAAUGUUAAGCACGAAAUUAUUCAAUUAAAUAUUUUUUUCUGAAAGAUCACAAAAUUAUUCAUAAUGCAACAUUAUAUGGAAAACCAUGAAGUGUCUUACAGUGCGUACAAAUUAAUUUUAUUAAACUUCAAAACAUUUAUUGCAUGUCUAUUUUUAGGGUUCCGUACCUCAAAAGGAAAAAACGGAACCCUUAUAGGAUCACUUUGUUGUCCGUCCGUCCGUCCGUCUGUUAAGACCGUUUUUCUUAGGAACGCGUGGACACUUGGCCGGUUUUUUUUUAAUAUGUAAAGUUAAACCGCAAAGACCUUCUAAAUGGUUCUAAUUCGAGGAGACUAAAUUACACUUACGGAAAUGAAAGUUCUUAUGUAGUCGGCUAAUAUUUAUUUAUUCUUUAAUUACUAACACAGUAAACGGUGGACUUAAUUCCGUAGGCAUUCUCUACCAGUCAACCAGUAAGGAUGUAGAAGACGAAUGUUUUUGGGAUAGAAUAGAAUGGCCACUAAAGUGAGCCUAAAAUAAAACAAAAUCUACUACUUAAUUAAUUAAUUAUACAAUACCAUAAAAAAACUUAUUUUAUUUUAAUAAAAUAUCCAUAUAAUAUAUGUAUAUAUAUAUAUUCACAUGCAUACACUUUAUAAUUUGAAACUAAAUAAACCAGAAUAUUAUUUUGAAUUAAGAUAAAAAAUGUUAUAUGUACAUAACAUUGUAAUUCCUCGUAAAAACCUUUGCUUGCUUGUUAAUGUAUUUGAAUUAUGAUUGUACGCACACAAUAUGUAGAUAAUAAAUAAUCAGUACGUCAAACAAGCACGGUGAUUAUCAAAAUGUUGGUAACGAUACCAUUAUUUAGCAUAAUCUUUAUCAAGCACUACUCAAUGCCACCGGCACCGGCCGCCUAUCUACGAAGAUACUAGACGUUGAAUAUUUCUGAAUCAGACUCACUGUUCUGCUGAUGUGUUGCGUUAUUGGUGCAAAUCUUACACAUAAAUAUAAAGUAGUUGAUUUAAUACCACUAAAAUGAGUGCGUUUUAAUAGAUUUUUAUAACACACUGACUUGCCCUGCAGCUUAGUUCAACCAACAUAGGUGCUAUUGCUGAAGUUUUUAGACACGAUGCUUAACCACAUCUAUUUUUAUCAUUGAUUAUAUACGAGAAAAAAUAAUGGUUAUUUCAUAACCAUACCCAAGUAGAAGCACCCAGCAAGUGAAUUGUAGUUAGAAAUGGCUACCAAACCUCUCACGUCACCUACUAAAAUAGUCGUAGCAGCAGCAGAACUGCGACCACGACCAAACCAACCAUGCGACGCGACUCUGACACACUAACUAGCACGCACCGCACCACACCGACCGGUUUAACUCAUUCAUAAUAAUAGUAGCUUGGACACAUGGCUAGAUCAACAUUUAAGCCGGAAUAUCUAAUUUUAUAAAAUGGGUCAAAAGAUAAGACGCAGCGUGCAGCGGCCAGCGGAGCCGGAAUACGACAGCACAGUGUCACUGUCAUGUUGAUAAUGUCAUUAUCAUAACCCGAUGUCGAAGCUUUACAUUAAGAAUCUGAGCCCGCGAGUUAAGGAAACAAUUAACAACGAGUCAUAUUUUUGUUCGACUUGAAAUUAUUAUUCUGAACUAAUUACGUCCCUCUAUAAUUUUUUAUUUACAUACACAGCUAAGUAGUAUACAAUGCAAGAAGUCAAGAACCAAAGCUAAGAAUGCAUGGAACAUUACGAAUGACAUAAUUUAUUUAUUAUGGAUAAACUUCAAGAGAAGAGUUGCGCGCGCGCAACUGCUGGCUGACGUCACGGUCGAAGAACCGCAACCACGAGGUGAGCGUCACGCCCCACGACCUUCACUUCACCGCUCCUUCACUCGGGGAUUUCAUUUGCAAAUUACAUAUUUCAAAAUAGACCCUUGGCGGUCUGUCUUACGUACUGUAUAGUUUCUUGACCGUUCUUCCCAACACAAGGUUGUCCGUAGAUUUCUUUCGGCGAAGUAAUGGCUUAGUUGUAGAGAAUAUGAGUUUGAAUAUAAAUUUGAAUUGAUAACGUUGUUUUUUAUUUUAAUACUAAUAAAUGAUUAAUUUAUUUUAUUAUUUAAAGUUAGGUUUUAAUAUUUAGCAAUAUAUAAGUUUGCAUGUACGUCAAUGUAACCGACCUGUGUAAAUAAGAAGCGCGUUUUUAGACCACGUAGGUACGUGAGACGCCAAACGUUGAUAUUUAUGUUCUUAAUCACUAUAUUCAAGGCAUGCCAGUACAUACUUACAAGCCUAAUUAAUUUAUCACAAAUCGGGCUGAUAACACGGUGCAGGAACACGCACCUGCCAGUCCUGCCACCAAAGUAUAACAAAUGAUAAUGUCUUGUGGACACAAUCGUUUCUUAAUAAAAUCAACAAAAGUAACAAAGUAGGUAAGUAAAGUAAUGACAGGUGUUAGCUCUCAGUUCUGGGAAGCCUUUUGUAGGACUAGCAAUGGUGGUCGGCUAGCAGCGUUCACUCAUAUCACGGCAUACUAGAGCGUAAGAGAUUUUCAUUGGUCAGGAGCUUAGCAGGGACGCAGUACGUGGGCGGAGUGUGUAGAUCAUUUACAGUUAAUCAAAUGAGCAACUUUAUCCGCGGAGCUAUCGAUCGAUCGACAAUGUGCCACACCGCCAUCGCCCCUGACGACGGCCGAUCAGGUGCGAGCUAGCUUCGAGGCAGGACAGGUCGCGCCCGUUCGUCUCCCAUGUGACGGAAACGGAUGACGGUGUAACGGAAAGUUCGAGCGAAAAACCUGCGAAGUGAUUCGAUGUGGACGUGUGACACCGGACAGGGGAAAUCCCGAUUGAGAGACAGCGUGGCAGAAAGUGGGAAUGAUUCGCUGUAAGAUGGCAGCGUGGUGGCGGGCGCUGGCGCUGGCGCUGUCGCUGGGUGUGCGGGCGGGGGGCGCGCGCGAGCUGGACCCGGCGGCGUGCGGCGCGCGCUUCGACGUGCAGCGCGACAAGAUCAUCCGCACGGAGGAGUCGCGCGAGAUGGGCGCGCGCUACCUCUCCGAGCUGGACGUGGGCGCGCGCCACGAGUGCCUGCGCCUCUGCUGCGAGACCGACUCCUGCGACGUCUUCGUAUACGAGGAAAAGAGCCCGGGCAGCUGCUACUUGUUCAAAUGCGGGCCGCCGGAGGACUUUCGCUGCAAGUUUACAGCGCACGGCAACUUCAGCAGCGGCGUGCUGGCGCUCAGCCGGCGCCUCGCGGAGCUGCAGGACCAGGAGCGACUCGCGCGCCACGACCAGCAGCUGGCCAGCCUCAGAGGCGCCACGAGCAGCACGGCCGCGCCGACAACGCCGGCCACCACCACGCCGGCGCCGCCGCCGGCACCCGCGCCGCCGCGCCCGCCGGACCCUCCUCCAGGCCGAUGCAGCCGCUACCAGUUUGAGUGCCGGCGCGGCGGCGAGUGCAUCGCGGUGUACAACGCUUGCGACGGCGUGCCGCAGUGCGCGGACGGCAGCGACGAGGCGCCCGAGCUGGGCUGCCCCGCCGCCGCCGCCGCCGCCGCCGCCGCGCCGAAGCCCGCACCCUUCGCCCCUCCCCAGCCCACCCCCGGCGCCCCGCCCGUCCCAACCGCGCCGCCGCACCACUACACGCCCUCGCCUCCGCCGCCGCCGCAAAUCAAGCCUAUGCAGGUCCUGGGAGAGCCCGUGGACAGCGAGAGCUCGCUGAGCGCGCUGGAGGGCGGUGAGCAGCAGGGGGGCGCGGCGGAGGAGCGCUGGCCGCACCGCCUCACGCAGGCGCAGCCGCCCGCGCACCGCUACAACGCGGUAAUGGAGGUGUCGCGCGGGCCGCACAUCUUCAGCCACAAGGGCGGCCUGCUGCAGGAGGCGGAGGGCGCGCCGCCCCCGCAGUACGCGCCCUACGACCCGCCCUGGGGCCGCCGCCUCUGGCCGCAGCAGACCGGUGUGGAUUGGGGCGCGAGCAGCGUGUGGGGCGAGCCGGACCCGCGCCGCGCCUGGCCCGUCCCGCCGAGACCGCCGGAGGUACCGAUGUACGCGGGCGCUAAGACGAUGCCGGAGCUGCCAGUGGAGUACGCGGGGCGGCAACAGACGCUCCGCGACGCGCCCAAGAAGGGGCUCGCAUUGGAAGCUGCCCCCGCCCCCGCCCCCGUGGCCGCCCCCGCCCCCGCCCCCGCCCCCGCCCCCGCGCCGCCCCCCACGGCGCCCGCGCCGCCGCCGCCCACGCCGCCGCCCGCCCCGCGCCCGCACACUGCGUCACCGUCGCCCGCUCACGCCGACCACGACCAUAGCCAGCACGGACACUCGUCGGCGGGCGCGGCCCCGCUGUCGGCGGAGGAGCGCGACGGACUCAGCGAGCACCCGCCCGCCGCCAUAUUGCUGCUCGUGCUCGGGGUGGCGAUGACGGUGGUGAUGGGCGCCAUGGUGGGGUGCCGGGCGCGUGCGGCGCGGCGGCGGCUGCGGCGCGGCAAGUCGCCACUCGCACACGAUGCCGACUACCUCGUCAACGGGAUGUACCUGUAAACACCACACUACUGCGCCCUAAUCCCUUCCUUCGGGGCCCGAUUGUGACAGCUCUGAAGUCAGCGCAAGUCACGGCGCAGUAAACAAAUUGGAGGGUGAAGAAAGUGCACACAGGAUGUCACUGAACCAUGGACGUCCUGUACAACACCCUAACGUCCAUGCACUAAACUAAAACCUAUACACAGGUUUUAGUUCAGUGCUUGCGAGUUGCAUUCACUAGUGCUAACUUCACAGCCGGGUCAUUAUGUUAGGACAUUAUUUUCACAACACUACUGCUCCUCUCUCCUUCCUUACAUCUCCAGCCACCAUCCAUCGUCGAGAGGAUCACACGUAACAGUGUAACGUUCAGAGCGUCUAUCUUGAGCCAACUUGGAAGAAUGUUUGUAGACAAACUGUCUUUUAUCAUUUAUUCCAAAAAAGUAGGAUAUAGGUACUUUUCAUUAUAUUCGUGUAUUAAUGUGUUUUUUAAUUUUAUUGUAACUGGGUAACAAAAAUAUGAUUUGUUUGUUUGUAAACGUAAUCCGUAUUUAUUGUUAUGCAAAACACUGGCUUGCAAAAUUAUGUAUGUACCGCAAAAUACCGAAUUGGCACCAGUAUCCGACUCAUAUCAUGAUUGCAUUUUUUACAACGGGCCUACUUACAGUUUUCGUAUCACGUUGCCCUACAUUAUUGCAAGUUGUGGUGGGCCAUACUUGUAGGUAUGUAGUCAAAUUAAAGGUGUUAAUCGUCUCAACCGGCGGCGGGGGAAAAGACUAUUCAAUCAUUUUAAUAUCUAUUUUUCCUCAUUCUGCUCCAGUGAUGACGAGCUGCACUGUAAUACCAUAUACCAACAAUAAGUUUAGCAUAAUUUAUGUUAUGUUAUAGACAAUGUUUGAAAUUAUAACUUAAUUUUUGAAUUAAAUGUUAUAUAAAACAAAAGCAGUCUUGUUUUUUA